GGAUACAUUGCGAAUUUCGCGCUACGUGACGCACUGCGCCGCUGUGCCAUCGGAUCGUUGCGAACAACAUGCAACCCUGAGUCGAAAUCGGAACCGCAUUGCCGGGUAACUUGGAGUACAACCCAGUGGGAUCACAGUCGACACAAGUUGCACUAAACCAGGGUUCAUCACCACCCUGUUAUUCGUUGAUUAGGUACCAGCAUCCCUGUUGAUCGAUGUACAGGGCUUGAACGCGGCAGCAGUGGAGUGGAGUCGUGGCAGAGCUGUCAGAUUGGCAUAACCCCCAUUUCUCUCCUCCCGCACCAUUCCUACUUGCACUCGCAUUGGAUCGGAUCCCAUUCCGCCAUCCUUUGCAGUGCCUCCGUGUUGUCUUCUCGCUCGGUGUUGCAGAAAUCUGCUCUGGUCGGUCUUUGCGGAAUCGUUACUUCUCCGCAUGCAGUGUGCCAUGUGAUAUGCAUCUGACGUUGCUGGCAGCGACUGACUGUUGGCAGAAUUGGUCCGCUUUCGUGGCGUAGUGCUGGGUAUGGAAGUUCCCAGAGGUCUUUGUCCCUAUACGUAUCAGACUGGUAGGCGAAGGAGAAGCUACGACGUCCUCAGGCCAUUCCUGAGCUUGCAAGUUUGCCAGUUUGACGGGAAGCUGCUGUGGGUGUCGUAUUUCUGAUCAGAUUCGAGGAGCUUGAAUUUCUUGUCGCAACCGCCAGCCCUUUUAGAAGUCAGGCACCGUUGGAACUUUGAGCAAGCCUUCAUCAGUCUCCGGAGAAGUUUGCGAACAUGGUGUUUGAGUUUUUGGUGCUUGUAAUGUGUCCCAGAGAAAGAGGGGAAGGAGAGCGAGGAAAUGGCCAGAGGGAGAUGCUGUCACUAUGUCUAUAGUCUCGAGAGCACCAGCAGCUUGCGUUGAUCGAUUCGGAGACAGUGUUCGACAAGGUUAUAAUUUUGGAGUCGCACAUCAUGAAGCAGGAUAUGUGGCUUGGUGCUUGUGUUUGGUCGCUGUCUAUCGCAUUAGUUUCCGGCAGAGUUGUGGGUACAUUCCAGGGUGUGUUACGCUCGAGCGAGGAGAAGCAGGAUCCUGAGAGGCAUGAACCGGCACCGUUGCCAUCGCUCGAGGUCAACACGAAGGCUGUCAUGUGGAUGAACGUGCUUCUGGUAGUCACGGCUGUGGCAUUGACCGUCGCCAUCGUGGUUCUACUGUUAAUGAUUCACCGUGUGCAGAAGCGACGCUCGCAUACCUUGGUGUCCGAACCUUGCUGGAAGAGUGGGAGGAUACUCACCCCAUUUGUGACCACAUGCCCACUUCUGAAACGGGAGGAGCUCGAAGCAGCGUGCGAGGAUUUCAGCAACAUCAUCGGUUCCUCUCCAGACGGAGUGUUGUACAAAGGGACGCUCGCUGACGGCACCGAGGUAGCGGUCACGAGCAUCCGGAUGUCCGCCACGGAUUGGUCUGCUUACUCGGAGCUCUCCUUCCGCCGCAAAGUGGAGAGCCUCGCCCGCAUGAAGCACAAGCAUUUGGUGAACCUGGUUGGGUAUUGUUCCGAAGAGGUUCCCUUCACUCGCAUGCUCGUAUUCGAAUACGCCUCCAACGGCACCCUCUCAGAUCAUCUACACAACCCCAAGGAGAUGGAGCACCUGGAUUGGCCGACACGCAUGCGAGUCAUAAUGGGAGCCGCUUACGGGUUGGAAUAUAUGCACCACGACUUGACCCCACCGUGCAGUCACUUGAACUUCGACGCCAAUGCUAUCUAUCUCACGGACGCGUACGCUACGAAGAUUGCCAAUUUUGGCAUUGCCAGGAUGACGCCCGGGAAAAAAGAGUACGAGAAGGGCAGCUGGAUGGGCUUCAAAGUCAGUGAAGGCUACACCGAUGAAUGGGAGAGUUCCGACCGCCAUUGUCCCGGAUUUGAGAGCAACGUGUACAACUUCGGCGUGUUUCUGCUUCAGGUGAUCAGUGGUCGACCGUCUUACUGCGAGCCCGUGGGGUCGACGCUGGUGGACUGGGCUUCGCCGUAUCUUGCCGAUUCCAACCUGGUUGAACAGUUGUUGGAUCCCGAGCUCAAGGCGCACAACUCCGACGAGUUGCUGGCUCUAUGUAAGAUAGUGAAUUUGUGUCUCUCGAACAAGGGCUACAAGAGGCCGUCCAUGCGAAAAGUGAGCCAAAUGAUGGCGGAAGCACUGAACAUGACCCCGGAGGCGCUAACCAUGAAGAUGUCGCCGUUGCUUUGGGCCCAGCUCUCGAUUCUCGACGACAGUACAUGAUGUCGGUUUUCCUGUAAUUCACUCGAUUGUGCAUUCUUUGUAAAGUAGACGUGAAGCUCACAUUUUCACGAGAGAUUCUAGAUUCAGCCCUAGGCUGAGUAGCAUCUGAGGCCCCGGUUGCAGGAAUUAGACGAAGGUAGGAUCACCAUUCUUUGGCCGCUAGAAACUUAGGGCUACUCCUCAGAUUCAUAGAAAAAAAACCAAACAUUGUGAGUACCAUGGACGCUGAUUCUAGAUUCUAGUGUUUGUACCAAAUUUCGAAAUCCAUUGGUCUCAUUUGACGUCCUCGGCCGGCGUAAUUUGGCUUAAGACACUUCAAUGAAACUAAACUUUCUUAGAAA